CUGUUUUCUGGGGAGGGGGUGAAGAUGUUUUGACAUUCCUUUCUAAAUUUGCUCAAGUUCUCACGGGGACGUGUUGACGCUCGCAGACGCGCUCGUGUUUUUUGGGGCCACACGCGCCGAUCGCGUUGGACGCGAGUUUUUGGUUUAUUUUUAUCUCUUUGCGACGAAAGCCGACGUUGACUUUGUGGAUUGUUUCUCGCGGACACGUGUUGCGUCGGAUUAACGUUACAAAAUGUCCAAAAGUGUCUCAAGGCUCAGAGAAGUGGAGGAAGAAUAGUGUCUUUUGAGAAGAUUCUGGCCAUUUGUCUGCAUGCAGGGAAUGACGACUCAUUUCAAGACGAGCAAAGCUUUAAAGGUCAAGAGGGAGGCGGGCGAGAAUGCGCCGGCGCUCAGCGACGACGAGCUGGUGGCCAUGUCGGUGCGCGAGCUCAACCAGCACCUGCGCGGGCUGACGAAGGAGGACGUGGUGCGGCUGAAGCAGCGGCGGCGCACGCUCAAGAACCGCGGCUACGCCGCCAGCUGCCGCAUCAAGCGCGUCACGCAGAAGGAGGAGCUGGAGCGGCAGAAGACGGAGCUGCAGCGCGAGGUGGACAAGCUGGCGCGCGAGAACGCCAGCAUGCGGCUGGAGCUGGACGCGCUGCGGGCCAAGUACGAGGCGCUGCAGUGCUUCGCGCGGACUGUGGCCCGCGGGCCCUGCUCGCCGGGCAAGGUGGCCGCCACCAGCGUCAUCACCAUCGUCAAGUCGGCCAACCACAACUCCAGCCAGACGCCGUUCUCGGCGCCCUCCUAGUGCCGACUGCACCGGGCCCUCCCCGUCCCGGUUCUGACCCGGCCUCGGCGCUCCGGGCUCUUUGUGAUGUUAUGCUGCGUUCACAGUCUCCCUUCUCCUGUCUCUUACACACUCUACAUUGUCUGUGCACUGUGUCAAACCCUCCCUGGGGCCUCUAUGACCCCUUGACCUUUGACCCCCGGCCCUCCCUGACUGAUAAAGACGUGCUGGUCUUUGAAUGCCUUAAUGUGGCAGCUCUCACCUUGUUAUUAAGCAGAAACACCAGAUUCAAAUAGUACAUUUGUGACAGUGAAGGCGUUUAUGAAGCCUUUGCCAAAAUCCAAUUUUCUUUAUUGUUUCAGCAUAAAGUGAAGCUGUUGAUGAUGUUUGAAAAUCCUUUCGUGACCAACGCAGGCGCUUUCUCAUCUCGGCCUCUGCGUCAGGAGGCGAGCAGCUCCGACCCAAACACCAGAUGCGCUGGUCGGCUCUGAGCCCGAGCCGCCGCGUUCUGUGGAGAGCACUUCAUUACGCGCUCGAGAACUGAUCAGUGUUUGGCCAAAGGGUUCAAUUAGUCAAAGCGCAGUGUUCGUAUUCCUUCCUUUGACGCUGUUAUGCAUCAAACACCACAGUUUUAAACUUACAUUCUGACUCAGUUCAGUUCUGUCGUUCAUUGUUGUGCAGCUUACAUUUUGCUAGAAUGGAUCCGCUGCAGGACCAUUUCUACUUUGUCAUCAGCCUAUUGGCAAACGCUCUGCAUCAGGCAAAUCAGAUUUCCUGUUUUGACUUUUAAAACUGUUGACUUGGUUCAAAAUGUUUCGGCCUCGCCGUCGAAGACGUCGACGUGUCUUCUCAUUCUCGCUGCAUUGUUUAGACUAAAAUUGUAGUCAGGAGAUUUUGGUUCUUGGAACAUUUGACGCCGUCCAGAGUCUGUAACUGUCCAGCACUUACAAAGAUGCAGUAAAAACAAAGCAAGCGGUUCCUCUGACAGCUCUGGGGUCAAACUGCUCACAUGUGGUGUGACCACUCAGUUACUACAGAUAGUGUGACCACAGCACAUACUGGCUGAUGUCCUAUGCCACUCUCUGGUAGGUAAUCCAUAUUGGAUAUAGUAAUAAUGCGAGCGGGCCUUAUGAGUGAAAGGCGAAUCAACGUACUUCCUGUAUAUUACAGAAUGCAUAGCGCUCCCACUGCCGUUGCUCCGUCCAAUCAGAAAUCAUUCCGAGUGCCGGGUCGUGAGAAACGCUGCUGCCGGUGUUGGUCACUCUGAAACCGUACCGAUUUUACGUUGGCUUUCCGCUUUCUGACACACUCUUCUGCAAGAGAACUCCCUGACGCCCGUCUCUAGAGGCCGCGGUUGUACAUUUCUGAGGCGUUUUUAAACAUGACUUUGACUUGAAAUCGAGCUGUUCUUACUGAGGACCCAUUCCUAGGUUUGGGGUGAAGUAGAGAUGGUUCACGUCAGGAUCUUCUCUUGGCUAAGAGGACAUGACUGUUCUUCCCCUGUUCCAUUGCUGCAAAGAACAGAAUGGGGAACCUUUGCUGCUGUACAACCUGCUGUGAUUGUUUUGAAGCAGGGGCAUUGCUGUGUUCUUACUCUCAUUUUGUAUUUUCACUUUGUUUCCACGUUGAUACAUAUGUUCUCCUUCCGAUACCUAGUUUUAUAUACAUUAACGGUAAAAUAUAUAUAUAUAUAUUACAUAUUUUUCUAUAUUUAUGUCCUUUGCUAUCCUGGGAGUGGUGUGAUGAUGUAAUCGUUCUUUAAAGUCUAAUUAUGCUGAUGCUGAACUUCUUUUGAAAACAUUGUAUUCACAUUUACAAUGAGAAAACUAUUCUCAGAACUUAAGUUUUUUUUUGGAGUAUUUAUUCCCCAUGAAUAGUUCUUCUCAGCAUCUUUACCGUCUGUUCACCACAGCUUGGACACGCUUGGGUUACAUGCAGGCAGUGGUCAAAGAUACACAACAAACAAGGAGGCCUUUUAACACACUGUUAUUAAAGAGUCAACAGCAUGAAGCUCGCCUCAUGGAGCGAUCGUCUGCAUGUCAACGCAGACAUUUGUCACAAACUCGCAGCGUUUCUCAUCAUUUAAAGUUAAUUUGACAGUUUCUCAUCAUGAUGAGUUUCGACUGCAACUGCUAAGACAAGAACGAUUCCAAAGUUGCUAUUCACCCAGAUCAAGUCAGACAAACGUAUAGAUAAAUGACAAAGACAGACUCGUGAUCUUAUAAAACCAAAUCCUGCAAUGUUUUUAAAACUGUGUUUUGACAUGAGGCCAAUACUAUGUAUUCUGCUUCUGCACCAUAGUAAAAAGACAAACCUCUCUCCAGGUGAAUUACUGUUAAUCCUACACAGUGAAGCAGCCAAUCACCAAUUUCAUUCAUUUUCUCCAACACACCUCAGAAAACAUUCAAACAUUUGUCCAAAAAGUGGUGUCAUUCUUAGAACGUAGACUUUUUAAAAAUAUUAUGACAAUAUCAUGCAGAGAUACAGUGUUACAUUACCUACCACAGAUGUUUACUGAACCUGGUCCUGCCACGACUGAAGUGAGCAAAGCCCGUUGUUGUUGUGUCCCGAAGCUGGAACAGAAUUGUUUCAGAUAUCCAUUAUAAUUUAACAUUUUCAUAUAAAUCAUAGCAAUAUAAAUGAGUGAAAUAAGCUUUAACACCCAGCCAGCUCUACAAGCUAUGAUGUUUGACGUUAGCCAUGCAGAAAGCACCGUGUAGUUUCUAGAGCUGUAGAUCAAAAAAGCAGAGGUGCUUAGAUGUUCAGAAAACAAAGCUCACUGACAGAAGGAAGACGUUGGAUGUGUGUGUGGUUUACAAGGCUGGAACAACAGCAGCUGUUUCUAUGUUCAGUUUGUACUUGGAGCUAAAUGGACUUCUUUAUUCUAGAUGUUUAAUGACUGUAACCAUGGACAGUAGUACUGUGUGCACCCUCCACACCCUGCCAUUAUUCUGCUCAGACAGUUUAUAUUUAUUUUACUGAUUUGUGUACAUUUAUUAAAACACACCUAAAUUAUUUUUGGUUUAACAUUCAUUUAUUUUCACGUUUUCUUAAUGAACUACCCUCAUGUACAAAUAAAACCUGAAUUUGUUUCUGCUCUGA